UUUGCCGGAUUUUUCUCCUUCGUCAACAUCAACAAGUUCUCUUCUUGUCGUUCACCUCUUUCUUGCUCUUGAUAGAACUUGCAAAUUGUGUUGAUAAUUGAUGAGCCAUAGUGAAUUGAAGAAAUUCCCGUCGACAACAUUUUCAUAGCGCAGAAGAUAGCUGAAGAAGAUGGCUGUUCCAAAUCAUCGCCAGGAGGUUACGACCACUGUUCCUUCAAAGGGAAGGAAAGCUACUCCUGCAGAAGAUAAGGAGUUGUAUUUGGAAUGUUUGGGACAUCUUAUGGGACUUCGAUUCAAACCAAAGUCUAACUUUGAGCUGGAGGCUGAUGCAGAGGUUCAGGAUACGUAUUCACAGUCCAAAUAUUUCAUGCCCUCGGCGAAAUCUCCUCUGAAGAACAAUAAUUCUAGCAGUCAUAUUCCAUCCAAGAAUGACACGGUUGAGAACUUUGUCACAUUUAAUGAUUUAUCCUUGAAAAAAUCCAAUACCUGGAAACCUGGUAGUGUAACUAAAACUUUAUCAAAAUUUGGAAUCCGUAUGACACCCAACGCGAAAACACAGCCCUCAAAUUGGAAGUCACUUGUUUUAAAAUCUGAGUCAGGGAAAAAGGGAGAUAGACAAGAAAUAUCCGUUGAAACUGACGUUCAACGAAAGGAUGUAGGUGUUGGCACAGACAUACUUGGCUCAGAUGGCUUCCAUUUUAUCUCUGCAUCGGCACAAACAACAACAAAAACCCUCGGUCUAUCUAGAACGUGCAAACCCUCCUUCAAAGUUCCUAUGAAGCGUCCCGGUUCAGCAGCAGGACAAACGGCCAAUCAAUGUGAUGACAGAAUUGGGGAGCAUUCCAACAAUGAAGCAAUUUUUGGAAAACGACCAAAGUUGCAAGUCGAAGGAAAUCCGAAUGUUCAUAAUAAUCCUAGAGGUAGUGUAUUCAGCGUUGUUAGAAAGGAUAUCGUUCAACCAGGAUCAAACGGCGAUGGAGAAAAGGGUAACGAAAACACUACCAUUGCAAAAGCUCCUGGAUUUCAAACUGCUUUGACAACGUUGCUUGAAAAUGAUAAAAAGAAUGGAAUCAAGCGCAAACUGGACCGCUCCCCACCAACAGCUAGCAAUACUAAUAACAAGAAUUCGAAUGCAUUAACUGGAGAAAGCGACGCACCUACAUCGAAUAACCCAGAAUUGGAUGAACUACUUGCUCAUGAAAAAAUGAAAGUUUUUGAACCCAAAAUCGUGGAAGCCAUAUUAAGCGAAGUCAUGGAAGAACAACUUCACACCGAAUGGGACGAUAUUGCAGGAUUAACUGGUCCCAAGGCCGUUAUAAAGGAAAUCAUCAUAUGGCCAAUGUUGAGACCGGAUAUUUUUACUGGCCUCCGAGCAUCCCCCAAGGGCAUAUUACUGUUUGGACCACCUGGAACGGGAAAAACAAUGAUUGGUCGUUUAAUAGCUACUCAAUCCAACUCCACGUUUUUUAACAUCAGUGCAUCUUCCUUAACGUCCAAAUGGAUUGGCGAUGGCGAAAAAAUGGUCCGCUGUCUGUUUGAAGUAGCUCGAAUUAAACAGCCGUCCGUAAUAUUCAUUGACGAAAUUGAUUCGAUUCUAACACAAAGAAGUGAAACUGAGCAUGAAAGUUCUCGACGCCUCAAGACAGAGUUUCUAAUUCAAUUUGAUGGCUGCGGAACAAAAAACGACGACAGGGUUCUAGUCAUUGGUGUUACCAAUAGACCACAAGAGUUGGACGAAGCUGCAAGAAGACGACUUGCGAAACGGAUUUACAUUCCUUUGCCAGAUUUUCAGGGCAGAAAACAAAUUGUUCAAAAUUUGAUACGUGAUCAAAAUUGCAAGAUUAAUGAGGACGACAUAAACAAGGUCGCAGACAUAACUGAAGGAUAUUCUGGGGCAGAUAUGAGAGGUGUAUGUCAAGAAGCUAGCUACGGACCUAUCCGCGAUAUUGGUCAUAUGCUGGAAAACAUCGCUGCCGAAAACGUGAGAUCAAUCGAAUUAAACGAUUUCUUCUUUGCCAUUAAACGCGUAAAGUCCAGUGUUGCCCUGAAGGAUCUAGAAGUUUAUGAAGAAUGGGAUAAAGACUUUGGGUGCCAUAUUGACCAGUGAAUGUCGCAUCUUUGAUAGGCACUUACAAUGACCCUUUGUUAAGCUGAGCCCAUACUCCAUGAUUUCCUCAUGUCGUGCCCUAAUGUUAAUUAUUUGUUCAUUUGAUAUUCCUUCUUCGUUCUCUCUUAUUCUCUUCGUUUCUAAGGAAAGGUUGUACGUAAAAUAUCAUUAAAAGAAAAGUUGUCAAAAG